AUGCCUAGCCACAUCAAGUUCGCAGAGCCGACUUCGAACAAAGCUAGCAAAGAUCGCGCUAGGGCCAUCAGCCAAGAAAAGGGGUCGACACAGAGAGCGCCUUCUCCAGGAAGUGAAAUUGUUUACCCGACAGGAUGGAGACUGAUGCUUACCACCACAGGGCUCUUGAUUGGAUUUUUUCUCUCUAAUUUGGAUGUCACAAUUGUAAGCUCGGCUCUCACGGGCAUCACUGAUGACCUGAAAGGCUUCGAGAAGAGAAGCUGGAUUAUUACUGGAUAUCUGGCCACCUACACAGGGUCUAUGGCAAUAUGGACGAAAGUCAGCGAUAUAGUUGGCAGAAAACAAUCUACAAUCGCCGCUCUUGUUAUUCUCCUCGCAUUUUCUAUUGGGUGUGGGUUUGCUCAAACAGUUAACCAACUCAUAAUAUGUCGAGCACUCCAAGGAAUUGGGGGCGCCGGUACAUACGCCUUGACAAUACUAUGCGUCUACGAGAUAGCUCCUAAAACGAAGCUUCCAAUCUACAGCAGUCUAAUGUCAUUCUGCCUUGUUUUUGCAUCUUUGAUAGGUCCAAUCAUUGGCGGUGCUCUUGCAGAGGACUCAGCCUGGCGAUGGACCUUUUUCGUCAAUGCACCGUUGUGUGUUAUUGCGAUCGUUGUUAUCAUCUUUGCGAUGCCCAAACACUUCGGUCUUGAUCAGCACACUCCUUCAUUUCGAACACGAGCCUCCUAUCGCUCAUUUGCUAAUCUCGAUAUAAUGGGAUCGAUUUUGAUGAUGGCUGGCUCGUUUUUAAUAGUCGCCGUCUUGAACGAGACCAAUCUGGCAUUCUCGUGGUCCUCGAGGGACGCAAUUGCACUCCUUGUGCUCACCGGAGUUUCCUGGAUUGCUUUCUUUGCCUGGGAAUGGUAUAUCUCGGGCAUCCCGGGCAAAGACCCUAUAUUUCCCAAGCGUUGGCUGUUUGAUCGUCCGUGGUUGGGAAUACUCAUUUCUUCGUUUGUUAUCGGCGCACCAUACAACGUCGUACUAGUAUAUGUCCCACAGCAAGCCCAGCUUCUGUUAGACAAAUCUCCCUUGGAUGCCGGUAUUUAUCUGAUCGGGUAUUCCGCUAUCGCGGCCGUUGCCGCCGCUAUUGUCAACAUCGCCAGCUCCAGGGGACGUAUCCCGUUUGUUUAUACUCUGCUCGUGGGCUGUACAGUUCAUACUGUCGGUAUUGGGCUUCUCUCGACCAUUGCCACUUCUAGAGGCUUCCACGCAGCAGAUAUUGGGUAUCUAGUAAUUGCUGGGACGGGAAUGGGCCUGACAAUGGGUAUCCUGGUACUAUCGACUCCAUACAUAGUCGAGGACAGGGAUUUGGGUAUGUGUUCUCCCGAGAAAUUCCCUGAUAUUGAGGUGAUUGCGUUGACUAACUGGUCCAUCACUUUCGUUGUAGCAAUUGCCACUGGUACCGUGGUCCAGAUCCGUUUCCUUGGCGGUGCUAUUGGUCUUGCCAUUGCAUCUAAUAUAUUAAAUGGCCGUCUAGCGAAGCGUUUACGCGGUGUCAUGACGUCGCACGAACUGCACCUAUUCCUUGAGAAUGUCAAAUCGAUAAAAUCUCUAUCUCCCAGUCUACAGGAGGAAGUGAAGAGUGUUCUAGCUAGUAGUUUCAAUACGCAGCUACUUGUUAUGAUCGGAUUUGCGGCUGCUCAGCUACCGGCGACUCUACUGUUGCUAAAGGCAGGCCGGCAGCUUGCGGCCAGCAAACACUCGGGUGAACAGCAAACAACGCCUAGACUAAAAAAAAAUGGCGUGGUUCUCCGCAAAGCGGGCUUGUCACCAACGCGCCCUCUGUUUUUGGUCCACAUCAACAUCGCAGUCAUGGCCGCGAAACUGAUUGAUCGACGAUUCCAUAACGUUUCAGGCAAACUUCGGGUUUCUGAGCUGUUCUUCGAUGUCCCCGUGGACUACAGCAAGCCCGCUGGGGACAAGCUGAGACUCUUUGCACGAAGUAUCAGUCGCUUGAACAAACCUAUUGAGCCUGUCAAAGAAGAGGCCAAGGAAGCCAAGGAAGGCAAGCUUCCUUGGUUGGUCUACCUGCAAGGUGGCCCUGGCUUUGGAUGUGGUGCCCCGCAGUCUUACCCCUGGGUUGAGUUCAUGCUCAGCAAGGGUUAUCAAGUGCUCUUUCUGGAUCAACGAGGCACUGGCCUCAGUUCGACUCUCACAGCGGGGACCCUUGCCCGCCAGGGAGAUGCAAUCAAGCAGGCCGAAUAUCUGAAGAAUUUCCGUGCAGACAACAUUGUCCGUGAUUGCGAAGCCAUUCGUGAUGUCUUGACACAGGACUACCCGCCUGACCAGCGUCGGUGGAGUAUCCUUGGGCAAAGUUUCGGCGGCUUCUGUGCCGUGACUUAUCUGUCAAAGUUCCCGGAGGGCCUGAGAGAAGCUUUCCUUACCGGUGGCCUUCCCCCUCUUACCGACGGGCCGGAUCCUGUCUAUGCGAAGACCUAUGAGAAGGUCAAGGAGAGAAACGAGGCUUACUACCAGAAGUUCCCCGAAGAUGUGGACCGUGUUAAGAAUUUCAUGCAAUACUUGACCCAAAACAAGGUUGCAUUGCCAUCCGGAGUGCUCACUCCGUCUCGCUUCCAGCAACUGGGCAUUAUGUUCGGCUUCCACGGUGGUUUCGAUAGUCUGCACGAUAUUGUUGUCAGAGUCUCCAACGAUUUGGAGAUGUUCGGAUUCCUUACUCUGCCGACUCUUUCUGUGAUUGACAAUAAUGGCGGUAUGGACAAAAACAUCAUUUAUGCCAUUCUGCAUGAAUCAAUCUAUUGCCAAGGAAAGCCGUCGCUCUGGGCUGCAGACAGGCUGCGCGCUAGCAACCCGCAAUUCCAGAUCAAUGACUCGCUGCCUGAGAUCUACUUUACCGGCGAGAUGGUCUUCAAGGACAUGUUCGAGUCUUAUUCGGAACUCUCCGAGCUCAAGGAAGCAGCUGAAAUCCUAGCUACGACAGACGAAUGGCCGGCUCUGUACGACGAGGCUCAACUCGCCAAGAACAAGGUUCCGGUCUAUGCUGCAACCUACAUCGAUGAUAUGUAUGUUCACUUUGAUCUGGCCACAGCCACUGCUGCCAAGAUCAAGAACUCCAAGCAGUUUAUCACCAACACCAUGUACCACGAUGCGCUGCGCAGCAAGUCGGGUGAGGUCAUGCGUCAGCUCUUUAACCUAAGAGAGGACACCUUGGAUUGA